AUGGUUAUCAAGGAGGACUGCAUAAAUAAUCUUGCCAGGUGGCAAGCAGACGAAGAAGCUCAGAGCUGUUUUCAAUGCAAGACAAACUUUACGUUCCUGGUAAGACGCCACCAUUGUAGGUGUUGUGGGAGAAUAUUUUGCUCUUCUUGUACUGAAAACUUUGUAAACUACAAUAAAAAGAAGGUUCAUGCCCUGCAGAAAAAAAAUAGCGAUGCGGAAUCACCCCCAUUCAGAACUUGUAAUGAGUGCUAUGACAAUCUUCUGCAUUUAAAUUUGCUAGUAUCCUCUGCCAAAAAAGACGUAAUAUCAACUCAGACUUUGGCACCAUCAGGUGCACUUUUACCUGGUGUAUUGAAUGGUACCAACGAUGAGGAAGGGGAAAUUCUGGAAGACUCGAUGGAUCAAAGUAGCACGGCAUAUGGAAACGAGGAAAGUUCGCGAAACGAGGAAGAUCGAUUUUGCCCUAUCUGUAACUCAGACCUCGCACAAUUUGCUAAUGAAGAUGAGACCAGGGAGCAUGUAGAGGAUUGUUUACAGAGAGCUGAAAAUGCCCAGCAACACACACCUACAUCGAAUGCUGUAGAAGACUCCGCAAAAGAGAGUCCCACUUUCCAGAAUAGAAUGUUAGUAUAUAAGAUACCGCCUACUGCAACGCAUGAUGAGAACCAUGUUGCCAUCAAAGAAUGUCCAAUAUGCUUCGAGAAUAUGGAACCUGGCGAAAAAGUUGGGAGGUUAGAGUGCUUAUGUGUUUUUCAUUAUAAAUGUAUUAAAAACUGGUUUCACAAGAAAGCGCAAAUGGGUGCAGCUCAAAGAGGAAACGGGAACGCUUUCAUUAAGCGAAACUUUUGCCCUUUCCAUGAUGCUGUAUUCUAA